AUUUAUUAAAACGUAUCAUUGAUCUCGAAGAGAAGAACGCACAAAAUGGUAAGCAAAAAUAUGCUAUGGAAGAGAAUACCGAACUUAAAGCCGAAGUAGCAAAAUUAAGGCGCGACUUCGAAAAG